CACAUCCUGGGUGGUAACGUGAAGGGAUAAAGCCCGCUGGUAGCCUUCCAUGUGCAUCAUUGUUUCCACCUAUUGUCCGGUGGUAAGAAAAUCCAAGGCACGAUGAGAACGUGACGCAAGUCAGUAGCCCCUGGCCACUGAGGGAGAAGGGCGUCGUCCAAACUAUCAGCCAACGUCCAGCCGUCGCUCCUGUAAUUUCCAUAGCAUUUGGAAUUUCGAUGCGAUAAACCGCCCGAGAGAACGUCCCUUGAAUCAUCAACGAGAGACUAAAAAUGGCGGCGGCAUGUUACGAGAAGGAAGUCUCCAUCGAGAGUAUAAAUAGCCACAGUUUGGGGCCCAAUGCCCACCACCACUUUCAUCAUCACUCGCACCAUCAUCAUCAUCAUCACAGAAGUGGAAAUGUUGGUACGGGUAAUAGCAGCAGUACAACGUCUUCCUCGACGCCAGUGUCGUCGGGAAAUCGCUCGUCGAUCUCUGGUGUUACGGUGAUAGGGCAGGGAAUAGUGUCGCCGACGGUUGCCAACGAUAUUGUCAUUGCUGGGGGUAGUACGUACAAAGGGGAGCCAACGCCCGUUGGUAAUUUCAAGGACUACGCCCAGCCAUUGCACGUUGAUUGCAGUGUUGAGUAUGAAUUGCCGAGCCAGGCUAAACCACCACCAGGAGGUGGUGAGCCCCUUCUCAUGAUUCAUCCCUGUUACUACAGACGUGCUGAACGCGAGAGGCGGAGUCCCUUUGUCAAUAAUUUACCACCAAUGGUGGCAUCCUCUGGGCGAAAGACCAGUAGACGCGAUAACUCAGUCAGUCAGAGUCACGUUGCCAAGGGUAUGACUGGGGGUGAUGCGGCGUCAGUGGCAAUGGCUGUUGUUGCAACAGCCACAGCCGCUGUCACCUCGAGCGCCCACACCAAUGCCAAUUCGACGAUUCUACUUGGCGAUGCAUUGACAGCCUCCUCGCCCUCCACCAUUGCGAUCAAUACGCUGAUGCACAGAAAGCAAACGAGACGCGAUGACGAUUGCAAUAAUCAGGAUAACGAGAUUGAUAAGAAACGACUGAGCCAGCAGCAUCGCGCUGCAGCCUUUUCAACAGUGCCGAAUGCUGGUAAUCUCACGACUGCCGAUGAAAAGGCCGUCAUAUCGGGGAUUUAUCAGCACUACUUUCGGGCAAUGCGCUCGCAUCACCAGCCCCAUCAUCAUCAUCUGCAUCAGGAUGUUGAUCAGGGCCAUACACAAGUGCCACAGCAGCAUCAUCAUCUAUAUGAGGACGCUCACCUACACGUUAAUACAGCAACAGCACUGACAGCUGCCAGUCCAGCGCCUGCAUCGUUCAUUCAAAAUUUUCAAAUGCCCGCCGAUCCUGUAUCAACAACAUCCUCACGCAGACGCACCACUAAUCAACAUCAUCCCUAUCGGCGAGGGUGCUCGAUAUCUCGUGCACCAACAGCAGCCAUUCCCACUAUACCCUCGUCCCCGAGCUCAAGUGUGUAUGCAACAGCUAUGAAUAGGCAUAGAGAGGCAUCCCUUCAGGCAUUGAGAAUGGCUGCUGCUGCUGUUGCUGCAGCCGCUGCCGCUGCCACUGGUGGUAGCACUAACAAUGGUACAACCGGCAGUUUCUACGAAGCACCAGCGUACAGAGCACUACUACCAAGAAGCUAGGACCCGGCAAAAUUACCCUACAACACUAGUAUCAUCACGUCAAAGGUAUCAUCGUCAUUGCGCUCACACCAAAAUUCAAUUAUCAAUUGUGUAAUUAUCGUAACGAUCAGCCUAGUCGUUUUAGUUUUACCUCAGACAUUAACGUUAUACAUUUUGGCCGCGCUGUUGCCUUCUCUAUUAUCAUCAUCAUCAGUAUCAUCAGACGCAUCGCAGUCCAAUCCCGCUGAAGUUACGAACAAUAAAACCACGAGUAAGAUAAUAUCGUACAGCACGAACGAUUUUCGCUCCGGCUUGUCUCCCCACCCGCUCCCUCCCAGCGUUCGUAUUAUCGUCGGUCCCUUUUUACCCUCCGCCCCCUCCCCCUCCCC